CUUUUCUCUCUAUAAAUACUUACCAGAAGCGGAACUAAGAAAGAGAAAAGAAAAGAAAAGAAACGAAACGAAAGAAAAAACUGGAGAGAGAAAUCACUGAAACGACCUCCCCCUGUAUUUGCUCUCGUCAAAAUUCUCCGAUCUAUCAAUAUUUUACAGAUACACAAUUAUGUCUUCGCUUAGCAGAGAACUCGUGUUUCUCAUACUUCAGUUUCUUGAUGAAGAGAAAUUCAAAGAGACUGUUCACAGAUUGGAGCAAGAGUCAGGUUUUUUCUUCAACAUGAGGUAUUUUGAAGACAUGGUGACAAAUGGAGAGUGGGAUGAGGUCGAGAAGUAUCUCUCUGGGUUCACAAAGGUGGAUGAUAAUAGAUAUUCCAUGAAGAUUUUCUUUGAGAUUCGAAAACAGAAGUACCUUGAAGCUUUAGACAAGUGUGAUCGUGCUAAAGGUGUGGAUAUAUUAGUUAAAGAUUUGAAAGUUUUUGCUGCAUUUAAUGAAGAGCUUUUCAAGGAGAUCACACAGCUGUUGACACUGGAAAACUUUAGAGAUAAUGAACAGCUCUCUAAAUAUGGAGAUACCAAGUCUGCUAGGGGUAUAAUGCUAGCUGAACUGAAAAAGUUGAUAGAGGCUAAUCCGCUUUUCCGUGAUAAGCUUCAAUUUCCUACCUUGAAGAAUUCAAGGCUACGGACACUAAUUAAUCAAAGUUUAAAUUGGCAGCAUCAGCUAUGUAAGAAUCCAAGGUCUAAUCCUGACAUAAAGACCCUAUUUGUAGACCAUAGUUGUGGACAGCCAAACGGUGCCCGGGCCCCGUCUCCUGUUACCAAUCCUUUAAUGGGUGCUGUUCCAAAGCCUGGAGGUUUUCCACCACUGAGUGCUCAUGGUCCAUUUCAGCCUACUCCUGCUGCUCUUCCGACUUCUCUUGCUGGAUGGAUGGCGAAUCCAUCCCCUGUCCCUCACCCCUCAGCUUCUGCAGGGCCUAUAGGUUUGACUGCUCCUAAUAAUGCAGCUGCCCUCUUAAAGCGGCCUAGGACUCCUAAUAACCCAGGUAUGGACUAUCAAACAGCUGAUUCUGAACAUGUAUUGAAGAGAACGAGGCCUUUUGGAAUAUCAGAGGAGGUCAAUAAUCUGUCAGUAAAUAUACUCCCUGUUGCAUACCCUAGCCAGAGUCACGGUCAGAGUUCUUACUCUACUGAUGACUUGCCCAAGGCUGUUGUUAUGACUCUAAGUCAGGGUUCAGCUGUCAAGAGCAUGGAUUUCCAUCCGGUGCAACAAAUUCUACUUCUUGUUGGAACCAACAUGGGUGAUGUUAUGUUGUGGGAGGUUGGUAGCCAGGAAAGGAUUGCUGCAAAAAGUUUUAAGGUCUGGGAUAUUAAAUCAUGUUCAAUGCCUUUUCAGGCAUCUUUCACCAAUGAUCUUACAGUUUCAGUUAACCGUGUGAUGUGGAGUCCUGAUGGAACUCUUUUUGGUGUUGCAUACUCCAAGCACAUUGUGCAUAUAUACUCGUACCAUGGUGGGGAUGAUUUAAGAGAUCACCUAGAGAUUGAUGCUCACAACGGCAGUGUUAAUGAUCUUGCUUUCUCAUAUCCAAACAAACAAUUGUGUGUUGUCACGUGUGGCGAGGACAGGUUCAUUAAGGUAUGGGAUGCAGUUACAGGGACUAAGCAGUUUACUUUUGAGGGCCAUGAAGCACCUGUAUAUUCAAUAUGCCCUCAUCACAAGGAAAAUAUCCAGUUUCUCUUCUCGACAGCAACUGAUGGGAAAAUAAAAGCAUGGCUAUAUGAUAACAUGGGCUCAAGAGUGGACUACGAUGCACCUGGUCAUUCGUCUACAAUGAUGGCAUAUAGUGCUGAUGGAACAAGGUUGUUUUCAUGUGGGACAAACAAAGAAGGAGAAUCAUACUUAGUGGAAUGGAAUGAAAGUGAAGGAGCUGUCAAGCGUACUUACCAAGGUCUUGGGAAGCGAUCUGUGGGGAUUGUGCAAUUUGAUACCACUAAAAAUAGGUUUUUGGCUGCUGGGGAUGAGUUUACAAUCAAAUUCUGGGACAUGGACAAUCUUAAUCUGUUGACGACUAUUGAUGCAGAUGGUGGAUUACCUGCCUCACCUUGUAUUAGAUUUAACAAAGAAGGAAUUCUGUUAGCUGUGUCAACUAAUGACAGCAACGUUAAAAUUCUAGCAAAUGGUGAUGGUCUUAGAUUGCUACGAACAGUGGAGAAUCGUGCAUUUGAUGCUUCUAGAGUUGCUGCUCCAGCUGUUCUGAAGGCCCCUACUAUAGCCACAUUUGGUUCAGCAAAUGCAAGUGUUGUAACAAGCAUUGGGGAUCGAGCUGCCCCUUCGGCUGCAGCAGCAAUGGUUGGAAUGAGCAGUGAUAAUAGAAGUUUGGCUGAUGUAAAACCCAAAAUUGCUGACGAGUCAAUGGAAAAAUCAAGGAUCUGGAAACUGACAGAAAUUAAUGAACAAUCACAGUGCCGGUCCCUUAGGCUUCCGGAUAAUUUAACAGCAAUGAGGGUUUCUAGGUUAAUUUACACGAAUUCAGGAUUUGCCAUAUUGGCAUUAGCGUCUAAUGCCGUGCACAAGCUCUGGAAAUGGCAAAGGAAUGAUCGAAAUGGAACUGGAAAGGCUACUACUAGUGCAGUACCACAAUUGUGGCAACCUCCAAGUGGAAUAUUGAUGACUAAUGAUAUAAGCGACACAAAUCCUGAAGAUGCUGUCCCAUGCUUUGCCCUUUCAAAGAAUGAUUCUUAUGUAAUGUCUGCUUCAGGGGGAAAAAUCUCUCUAUUUAAUAUGAUGACAUUUAAGACGAUGACAACAUUCAUGCCCCCACCACCAGCAGCGACAUUUCUGGCAUUCCAUCCUCAAGACAAUAACAUUAUUGCAAUUGGCAUGGAAGACUCAUCUAUCCAGAUCUAUAAUGUUCGGGUUGAUGAGGUUAAAACAAAGUUAAAAGGACACCAGAAAAGAAUAACAGGCCUUGCAUUCUCGCAUACUCUAAAUGUGCUGGUGUCUUCUGGAGCUGACUCUCAGCUUUGUGUUUGGAGUACUGAUGGAUGGGAGAAGCAGACUAGUAAAUUCUUGCAAAUUCCAACAGGGCGAGCAGCAUCACCCCUUGCAGAUACCCGUGUUCAGUUUCACCUUGAUCAGACACAUCUGCUGGCAGUUCAUGAAACACAGAUAGCUAUAUAUGAAGCACCUAAAUUGGAAUGCCUUAAGCAGUUUGUCCCUCGGGAAGCAAGUGGUCCAAUCACACAUGCUACUUAUUCUUGUGAUAGCCAAUCAAUAUAUGUGGCCUUUGAAGAUGGAAGUGUUGGUGUUCUCACUGCUCAAUCUCUUAGAUUGAGAUGUCGAAUUAAUCCGGCUGCCUAUCUAACUCCCAAUCCAAGUUUAAGAGUGUAUCCGCUUGUGAUUGCAUCUCAUCCAUCCGACCCCAAUCAGUUUGCAUUAGGACUAACAGAUGGUGGAGUCCAUAUACUUGAGCCGUUAGAGUCAGAAGGAAAAUGGGGUACCUCUCCUCCAAUUGAGAAUGGUGCGGGGCCUAGCACCACUUCGGGUGCAGUCCUUCCAGAACAAUCCCAAAGGUGACAAGUAUAUCGGCAUAUGUGCCUUUCACCAAAGACCUCAGAGUAUAUGCAAUGCAUGUCUUCCAUGUGACCCCACUCCCUGGUCCCACCACUCUGAUUUUCGAGGGGAAGCUGCGGAAUUUUUGGUAAAUCAGUUUUAGGAUAUUUCACCUCAUUCUAGUAGAGCUCAUUAAAAGUGGUAUCACUAUUAUUUUCUGACCAAGGCAUGGCGGUGAUUGGUUUAUACCUCAUUUAGGAUUUGAUUGGAGAAGUAUGGUGUUAAUUUAGAGGCUAAUGAAUUUGGGAUAUGGGAGGUGGUGGGUCUGACUAGAAAACUGAACUGUAUUGCCUGCCCUGGCUCUUUUUAGUCUUUACUUAGUUUGGAAAAAGAUAGUUGUUCAUUAUUUUCAUUAUUUCUUACAUUCGAGAAUGCAUAAAUUAUUGGGUUAUUCAUAUUUACGCCUUAAUUUGUGUCGUUCAAAUUCCCUGCCCCGGUGUUAAUAUGACUUUCUUUUUCAUAGUUGAUUGUAAUAAGAAUUUACCCCUUUUCCUGUAUGACAUCGUCCACUACUUCCUAUGGGGAUGUUUAAUGUGAAAUUUUAUUGAACCUGUAGUGGAGGAUUUGCAUUUCUGGCAAUUGAAGGAAGUUUAUUUACAGCGUA